AUUUUAUUUAUUUCAACUUUUUCUUUGGACUUUCAGCUUUGUUUCGAGUUGAUUUUUAAUCGGAAACAUCCGCAUUGGUGUUCACUGGAUUUGUAGUUGUUUGAUAAGUAAUGUGGAAACUCAAAAUCGCUGAAGGAGGGAGUCCAUGGCUUCGGACGGUAAACAAUCACGUUGGGAGGCAAUUUUGGGAGUUCGAUCCCAAGCUUGGAACGCCGGAAGAGCUUAUGGAGGUGGAGAAAGUUCGUGACCAUUUCAGGGAGCAUAGGUUCGAGAAGAAACACAGUUCAGAUCUGCUUAUGCGACUUCAGUUUGCAAAGGAGAACCCUUGCAAGAUAGACUUACCCCAGGUCAAAAUAAAAGAUACAGCUGAUGUUACAGAGGAGGCAGUUACAGCCACAUUAAAAAGGGCUAUCAGUUACCAUUCAACUAUCCAGGCACAUGACGGGCAUUGGUCAGGAGAUUAUGGUGGUCCUAUGUUUCUAGUUCCUGGCUUGAUUAUUACAUUAUAUAUCACAGGAGCAGUAAAUGCUGUCUUAUCAAAAGAACAUCAGCAAGAGAUUUGCCGAUAUCUUUACAAUCAUCAGAAUGAAGAUGGGGGUUGGGGCUUACAUAUUGAGGGCCCAAGCACCAUGUUUGGUACAACUUUGAACUAUGUUUCGUUGAGGUUGCUUGGUGAAGGGGCUGAUGAUGGACAAGGGGCAAUGGAGAAAGGACGUAAAUGGAUUCUGGACCGUGGUGGUGCAACUUCAAUAACUUCCUGGGGGAAAAUGUGGCUUUCAGUUCUUGGAGUAUUUGAAUGGUCUGGCAACAAUCCGCUGCCUCCAGAGAUUUGGCUAUUACCUUAUUUUAUUCCUUUCCAUCCAGGAAGGAUGUGGUGCCAUUGCAGAAUGGUUUAUUUGCCUAUGUCAUACUUAUAUGGGAAAAGUUUUGUUGGUCCGAUCACAUCAACAGUUUUAUCUUUGAGAAAGGAGCUUUAUGCAGUGCCCUAUAACGAAAUAGACUGGAAUAAAGCACGCAAUCUUUGUGCAAAGGAAGAUCUAUACUACCCACAUCCACUUGUACAGGAUAUCCUUUGGGGAUCUCUUCACAAGUUUGUUGAGCCUAUACUAACGUGUUGGCCAGGAAAAAGGUUGAGAGAGAAAGCUUUGCUCACUGCAAUUCAGCACAUACAUUAUGAAGAUGAGAAUACUCGAUACAUAUGCAUAGGUCCAGUAAACAAGGUUUUAAAUAUGCUUUGCUGCUGGGUGGAAGAUCCAAACUCAGAGGCAUUCAAGUUGCAUCUCCCCAGAAUCCUUGAUUACUUGUGGCUUGCUGAAGAUGGCAUGAAAAUGCAGGGGUAUAAUGGAAGUCAGUUAUGGGACACUGCUUUUGCUGUUCAAGCAAUUAUUGCAACUGACCUUGUUGAAGAAUAUGGUUCAACUCUUAGAAAAGCACAUGGGUACAUAAAAAAAACACAGGUUUUAGAAGACUGCCCAGGUGAUCUAAAUUUUUGGUAUCGACAUAUUUCUAGAGGUGCAUGGCCUUUUUCAACUGCAGAUCAUGGUUGGCCGAUCUCUGACUGCACAGCCGAAGGAUUAAAGGCUGCUCUUCUAUUAUCGAAGAUUCCAUCAGAAAUUGUUGGCGAGCCGUUAGAGGCAAAGCUCUUAUAUGAUGCUGCAAAUGUGAUUAUUUCCCUGCAGAACAACGAUGGUGGUUUUGCAACGUAUGAAUUGACAAGAUCAUACCGGUGGUUGGAGGUAGCGUUCAUGAUGCUUACAUGCCACUGUAUUUAUAGUAGUGCAUUCUUUCUUUAUAAUCUGGACCAUCAGUCUUACAUGAAGUUGUUCAAUAGCUAUAGUUAUAUAUCCAGCAGUUCAGUCCCACAUCUCUGAAAUCUGAAUGUGCAU